CGAUGAUCUCCAUGCUGUCACUGCCCUUUUUGGUCCUCAUGCUUGUAAAGCUCAUUCACCGCUCUCCACUCAUCAUUUGCGUUGGAAGUAAUAGGUCCACUCCGUUUCGUCAGCAUUCGUCGGCGUGCAUACGGACAGCCCUUGAGUCGAUGCGCAUAGUUGACCUUGCACGCGCGCACUACGCUCACCAUCCUUGCCAUGCAGCGCUAGAUGAUUCGUUCGCAUCGACGCGCGCGGCAGUGCGCUCCGGACCCCUCCCUGGAACGAUCUUCCAGCGUUAUCGAGGCGUUCAAUUGUCCUUCGAUUCCACCUCCCCCCUUGCAUCCCACGACUCGUUCAUGCCUCGCGAGAGGAGCUUCAGCUACUCCGCCGGGCGCUCUCCGACACCCGAACUGGCCCUCACAAGCCAGCACGACGACGAAAACCACGCCUUCAUCACGGUCCCACCUUUUUCAAAAUCUCGUUCUGCCCCUGCGCGUUCCAGCCUGCCCAUCUCUCCACGUUCAAAACGCACUGCACGUCAUGCGAUCCAAGCCGCUACCGCCCACGAGGAGGGAGAAUCCGUUCUGUACCCGGACAUACGCUCCAGUGCUUUCAGCGCGUGCGCGUACGAUCAUCCUCGUCAAUCGCGGAAUGGGCCAUCUACACCUGGGUGUGGGUGCCGAGCCAGGCUUCAAUCCGCGUCAAAGGGACUCCGACGUUGAGUUCGCGCGGAUUUGCGAGGACUGGGAGAUCAAGAUUGUCGACUACUCGCUUGGCUCAUCCGCUAACAGCAUAGAACUUCAGCAAUGGUCAAGAUCCGUUGGAUUAACGUUGGAGGAGUGUGUUGGGAUGUAAUGAAAGCUCUUGCUAUCAGACACAAUCUGUACACUCUCGCAAUCGAAGACAUCCUCCACUCGCGACCGAGCGCACGAUCCAAAGCCAAUUAACUCACUCGGCAUCUCUAUCCCUUCGCAGUCUGUGCCGUAAACUGGUCGAUGGAAGUUCUGCAAAAGCUUCAAUCUCGCCUACAUCGAAGCCCCGGCGACCUCGCAUUCCUUUGUCGCAGGGAGCUUCGCCGGCACUGGCCGCGGCAAUCGUCAUCGGUGGAGAGAAGCGCGUGGAAGAUGCUGGGCUCAAAGUCCUCGAAGGAGCUGACCGUGUUCUUGUGAUAUGAUUCUCAUGUUCAUCUUCCUGCUCCUAGACGGAUGUCUUCACCAUCCACACCAGUUCUUCUCUCGUUGUAACUGAGCCGAUCACCGGCCGUUCAUGCCAUUCGAGAACGAGCUCGCGAACAUCGGCUGAUGCGUCUUUUAUGGUUCAAAGUCCGUUGUGCUUGGUGGCCGACAAAGUGUCCCGGGCCGUGAAUGCAUAGCAAGACAAGAUCAGGUACUAGGGGACGAAACAUCGUGGUGCAGUCGUCCAUUGGCAUUAUGUGUAAUCGUCACAUCCUGUACGUCAGCCUGGUCCUCCACCGAUGGACGCUUGCGCCCGUCGAAACGAUCGUCGAUGAGCUGCGGAUAUAUGAGAUGGAGACAGGGCGUAGCGCUGAUUAGCGAGGAAGAUCCAAGCGAGAGGAUCAUUAGUUUUAUGAGUUGUGCCAGUCAGAUUCACUUGGCAGGCUCAUGUCUACGAUCAUGUUGCAUACUUGCUCAGCCAUUUCGAUAUUCUUGCCAGUGUAGGCGAAACCCGGUCGGGUAUGCAUUCAAUGUACGUUAUACUCCUGCCCUCUUCAGAUUGCUCACCCACUCAUAGAUGACCCCAUGUCGAAUGAACGACGCCAUGUUCUUGCGUUCUCCUGCUGGUUUAGCCCGCUUGUCCACCUCAGGCGCCGACCAAUGGUCGUGACCGUGACAGUCCUGCCUAUAACCCUGCACAUCGGGUACUUUGGAACAAACUUUGUGGACGUGUGGAGCAUAAGACACAGUCACUGUGACAAGAUGUAAAUUAGGCUGCCGUGACGUCUUGUUGGGCGAUUGAUCAUUCUCAGAUUCUGGGUUGUUGCUAUCCCGAUCUUGGCCAUCGUACUCCCCCCUUGUCGUGUCUGCGACAUCCGGCACCUGAUAUGCAUAGCCCCCACGCAUCUAGAUGUGUCGGAGAUCAUCAAGAAAUUAACUCGCCUGGCAGCCAGUGGCUACACUUUGUGAUCGGAGUGCCAUUCCCUCAUAUCUGAUAGUCCGCAAGCCGUAAUCCACGACGCGUGUCUAAAUGUGUGCCUGUCACCGGGACAGUUAUCUUCGAUGCCGAACGAACUUUUCGCACCACUGCGAUCGCCAUCCGCAAAUGUGCAGGGGACCCCGGACACCACCUCCUCGGCCGAGAGCGAGGAUGUGUUGACCAGACAUGUGGAAUGGCUGAGUCGUCAUCCUCUUCUGCUUCAUCUUCGUCUCUCUCCGCCAUUCAAACAUCCGCAUCGGCUGCCAUCAACAGACCGGUGCACUGUGAGCAUGGCCGCUUUGCAGGGCGCAUCAUCAGGGCCGAGUUGACUGAGAUCCAGAGGCCCGAGUUCGGGCGGAGGUUCGGGGCAGUAGAUAGACGUGCACUGGACGACCCCCCAGUGGUUCAACUCCGGUUUUUCGAGGUGUUCCGUCCGAGACCAGGCUACGAGUGGUCGGAGGAGGUCCGCAGCUACGAAAGCAUCCCGCUCUCUGGGCUCCUUUGUAUGGCCGAGCUCUUCGAAGCACGAGGUGGACCCAGCACCUCGGAACCGCUCGUUCCACGGCAGACCGGGACACUCGAGUUGACGUCGCCGCGCAUCGCGCAGCCGUCACGCGUUUACGAUGUGUCAGACGAUGCAGCUAUCACCGAGGACAGUAACAGGACGUCCUUUCUCUUCGGCACGAAAUUUGUCGAGCCAUAUCUGAUUUCGACGUCUGAUUCAGGCCGGAAGUAUCUCGCAUUUACGUUCGCAGACCUGGGCGUCAAGUUGGAGGGCCUCUUUCGUCUGCGCUAUCGCUUCUUCGAUCUUUUUCCUGGACCGCCGGGCGUAGGAAAGAGCAGCGUCUUAGCUGAAUGUUACGGGGGCACGUUCACAAUGUACUCGACAAAGGAAGCUCCGGCGCUGAAAGAGUCGACACCGCUGACCAAAACGCUCAGCAACCACGGUGUGCCUGUGAACAUCCGCAAGAAGCCACGGCCCCCGCGAAGGAAGACAUCACCGACUGGAACCUCGCCAACAGAUAGCCAGCCGGCGUAGAUUAUGUUUGAUUUGCCUCACCAUCGCACAGUAUACGAGUCCCCUGGUGUCAUCGCCAGGGCAUUUCUCAGUACUUAGUAUUAUCACCAGAACUUUGCGUACAAAUUAAUCUUCAUUCAUCCUCA